ACAAAUCAAUCUCUUGAUAAUACAUAACAAGUCAAGUCUCCCCUCUCUGCUCCAUUUCCAGAACGAGAGAAAGAGACGAUGGCGGACACUCUCGCAGCUCUGAGGUCUUUGAUGGCUUCUCACUCUCCUCCUCUCGAUGCUUUAAUCGUUCCUUCCGAAGAUUAUCAUCAGAGCGAAUAUGUUUCUGCACGAGAUAAGAGGCGCGAUUUUGUCUCUGGAUUCACCGGAAGUGCUGGUAUAGCGCUCAUAUCAAUGAAUGAAGCACUUCUGUGGACCGAUGGACGCUACUUUUUGCAGGCAGCUCAGCAGCUUAGUGAGCAGUGGAAGCUCAUGCGUAUGGGAGAAGACCCUGCACUUGAUAUUUGGAUGGCAGAUAAUCUGCCAAAGGAUGCAGCUAUUGGUGUUGAUCCAUGGUGUAUAUCAGUAGAUACUGCACAGAAAUGGGAGUGCGCUUUUGCUAAGAAACAGCAAAAGUUGGUUCCAACAGCUAGAAACUUGGUAGAUGAAGUCUGGAAAAAUCAGCCACCUGCCGAAACAAAUCCCUUGAUCGUGCAUCCUUUAGAAUUUGCUGGUCGCUCUGUUGCAGAUAAGUUGAAAGAUUUGAGAGCAAAACUUGUACAGGAAAAAGCUCGUGCUAUGAUAAUAACAGCACUUGAUGAAGUUGCCUGGUUGUAUAACGUCCGUGGCACAGAUGUAUCAUAUAGCCCCGUUGUUCAUGCAUUUGCUAUUGUAACAUUGAACUCGGCCUUCUUGUAUGUGGAUAAAAGAAAGUUGUCAUCUGAGGCAAACUCUUACAUGAAGGAAAAUGGAAUUUUUGUACGGGAAUAUGGUGACGUUAGCUCAGAUACAGUCUUACUUGCAUCUGAUCAACUCACUCCUUCCUCAGCUGAGAAAACUCCAGCCGGAUUGAAUACGGAGACUAAUUGUGGCAAGGGUACAGGAAAUGGUGAAAUUCAGACAGCAGAGUUUGUGAAUGACCUCAUUUGGGUUGACACUGGUGCAUGCUGCUUUGCUUUGUACUUGAAACUGAAUGCUGAUAAAGUCCUCCUUAAGCAGUCACCAUUGGCCCUUGCAAAAGCCCUAAAGAACCCUGUUGAGAUGAAAGGAUUGAAGAAUGCCCACAUUCGGGAUGGGGCAGCUGUCGUGCAAUAUCUCGCCUGGCUGGAUAGGCAGAUGCAGGAAAUCUAUGGGGCAUCCGGUUACUUUGCAGAGGCUGAGAGUAUGAGCAAGAACAAACUACCGGAUUUGAAACGACUUACAGAAGUUUCUGCAAGUGAUAAGCUAGAGGAGUUCCGGGCAUCUAAAGAGCAUUUUAGAGGGCUGAGUUUUCCAACUAUUUCAUCUGUUGGUUCAAAUGGAGCCAUUAUCCAUUAUUCACCCGAGGCAGAAACAUGUGCCGAACUUGAUCCAGAUCAAAUAUACUUAUGUGAUUCAGGAGCACAGUAUCUGGAUGGAACAACUGAUAUUACACGGACUGUUCAUUUUGGAAAACCUACUCCACAUGAGAAAACAUGUUACACUGCGGUUCUCAAAGGACAUAUUUCAUUGGGUAAUGCACGGUUUCCCAAUGGAACAAAUGGUUAUGCUCUUGACGUUCUUGCUCGAACUCCUUUAUGGAAGUAUGGGCUUGACUAUAGGCAUGGUACUGGUCAUGGGAUCGGGUCUUACUUAAAUGUCCAUGAAGGACCUCAUCAAAUUAGUUUCAGACCAUCAGCGCAGAAUGUGCCACUACAAGUUUCAAUGACAGUCACAGAUGAACCUGGUUACUACGAGGAUGGAAAGUUUGGUAUAAGAUUGGAGAAUGUGCUUAUUGUCAAAGAGGGCAAUACUAAGUUCAACUUUGGCGACAAGGGUUACUUGACAUUUGAGCAUAUAACUUGGGCACCAUAUCAGAGGAAGUUGAUUGAUGUUAGCAUUUUGGUGCCCGAAGAGAUCCAAUGGUUGAACGACUACCACUCUAAAUGCUCGGAAAUCCUCGCUCCUUAUUUGAAUCAAUCUGAGAUGGAAUGGUUGAAGAAUGCUACUGCACCCAUUGCAGCUUGAGAUGUUCAGUGCUCUUACCCUUUAUUGAAUAAAGUUUGUAAAAUUC